GCGUUGCCAUGGAGAGUGUCUAAAGCCCGCCUGUGGCAGCGCCCUGGGCCUGGUGUCCUCUGGCGGGGUUUGCGUGGAAGAUGUUGAGCCUCUCGGAGCUUCCGCAAAAGAACACAGACUUGGCGGAGAUGCAGUCCGGGCCCUUGGGUCGCUGCAGUCACUUUUUUUGGCUGGGCGUCGCCUUCGACGCGGUGGGUGUGGCAGUGCUGUUCACUGGCGUCUUCGCCAACUUGCUGUUCUACGACAUGCUGCUCUAUUUGGGUUCCAUCAUCAUCUUCGUCAGUCUCCUGUGGUGGAUCUCCUGGUACACCGGCAACAUAGAGGCGCUCCCGGAAGACCCCUUGAGGGGGACUUCGCCCCGCGAGAGCGGGGUGCACCGUAGCGGCAGCCGUCGCUUCUCGCUGACCCUUAGGAGCGUCUCCGACACCUUUCAGCGGAUUCGCCGGCGACGGCGGCGGCGACUCCACCCGCGGGUCGUCCAGCGGAUCAGUAGCAUCAGCUCUACGGACCCGGGGCAGCUAGAAAGGAACUGCGACGCCAGAACCUCGGGUGGCAGAGCGUUGUUCCGUUCAGCGAAGCCUGAGGCUGUUCUGAAUCAGUUUAGCAGAGUCCAGACCUCUAAGAGCCUGCCUCUGGGCAUUGUCCACACCGGUCUUUCCAUUUGUACUUCUAGGAGUCAACCUGUCUUUUCAGUGACUUCGCAGACCUACCCUUUGGCGUCUGACAGCAAUUCUCAGAUGGCAAUGUCCUCUGACAGCCAUGUGUAUUUGGACUCUCACUCUCAGGAGCACUCUAAAAUCAGUGUGGCCUCUCAGAUCUACCCUCUGGAACGAGAAGAAAGUCAGAGCCACCUCUUGGUGAUCCCUGACAGUUUAUCUAUGGUACCCGUGACCUCUCAAAGCCAAAUCCUGCCCUCUGUAUCUUCUGAAAGCUGUGUGCCUUUGGGCCCUCACUCUCAGGGGCGCUCUAAGAUCAGUGUGGCCACUCAGAUCUACCCUCUGGAACGAGAAGAAAGCCAGAGCCACUUCUUGGUGAUCCCUGACAGUUUAUCUAUGGUACCUGUGACCUCUCAGAGCCAAAUCCUGCCCUCUGUAUCUUCUGAAAGCUGUGUGCCUUUGGGCCCUCACUCUCAGGGGCGCUCUAAGAUCAGUGUGGCCUCUAAGAUCUACCCUCUGGAACGAGAAGAAAGCCAGAGCCAUCUCUUGGUGAUCCCUGACAGUUUAUCUAUGGUACCUGUGACCUCUCAGAGCCAAAUCCUGCCCUCUGUAUCUUCUGAAAGCUGUGUGCCUUUGGGCCCUCACUCUCAGGGGCGCUCUAAGAUCAGUGUGGCCACUCAGAUCUACCCUCUGGAACGAGAAGAAAGCCAGAGCCACUUCUUGGUGAUCCCUGACAGUUUAUCUAUGGUACCUGUGACCUCUCAAAGCCAAAUCCUGCCCUCUGUAUCUUCUGAAAGCUGUGUGCCUUUGGGCCCUCACUCUCAGGGGCGCUCUAAGAUCAGUGUGGCCUCUAAGAUCUACCCUCUGGAACGAGAAGAAAGCCAGAGCCAUCUCUUGGUGAUCCCUGACAGUUUAUCUAUGGUACCUGUGACCUCUCAGAGCCAAAUCCUGCCCUCUGUAUCUUCUGAAAGCUGUGUGCCUUUGGGCCCCCACUCUCAGGGGCGCUCUAAGAUCAGUGUGGCCUCUCAGAUCUACCCUCUGGAACAGGAAGAAAGCCAGAGCCACUUCCUAGUGCCCAUGCCCUCUGACAGUUUCCCCGUGGUACCCAUGACCUCUCAGAGCCAAAUCCAGGGAUCUCUGGCCCAACAAAGCCAUCUCCAGAAUCUUCCUCUUGCCUCUCAAACUCCUGAAACUGAUAAAGCUUCUAAGAGCCAUACUUUGGCCAAGGGGGUUCCUGGGGUGCCACCUGGGUCUGCCCAGACUCAGCACCCGCAGGCCUCUUUAGCCCAGACUUCUCAGAUUUCUUCACCUGUCCGGAAGGUUCCUAAGAACUAAAGUGCUGAAGCUUUGGAGACUCUCCCAGCACCCAGCUUGAAACUAACUCAGGAGCAACCUGACUCUUCAUUGCCUGUCUUUAAGGCCACCCAUUCAGACUCUCAGUAGUGUGACAGUUCUGGAAACCCUUCAGCUUUGGGGAUAGUGAGGAAAAGUCACCCUUUCUAAUAGGACUCAGACACCAGCCAUUUGAAUGUCUGCUAAGACCUUUGCCAAGUAAGUGGCUUGGAAGAAAAGUUACCAACAUUAUUAUCCUUUUUAUUGUUAGUGUUCUGGUGGCUUUCUCAAUUCCUGUAGUGGGAGCAAAGUGGCCUUGGACUUCAGGGAUUAGCGAUUUUGAUGAUUUUUUGAGACCAGCUCUUUGAGUAGUUGAGACCUAAGGCUUUGACUACUUUAUUGAAUAAUGAAACCUUUCGUUGUGUUUAAAAUUAGAGGAGGGAGCCAGGGGAAUAUUAUUCUUUUAGGAAGCUAUAAGAUCUGGAGAUAGGUGGAGGAUUUAGAUUCUGUAAGGGUUCUCUUGGAAGAAGACAGCAUUCAUUUGUACAGGGACAUAACGCCAAAUGACAUUGGGGAAGUUAUUUCUUUUCAAUAUAUUUGAUUUUUGUAGAGAGGCUAUCUUUUAUUGGAGGCAGUGCCUUCCAAAUGCCCCUUUAAGACCCCUUUAAAGCUUCAAGGCAAAACCUAUUCCCAGCUAGACAUUAAUAAUCUUCAUAUUCAUACACUUUUCAGUGAGUCACUUCUACUUAAUGCCAAGUGAUAUUAAUUUCCUGUUUGCAACAGUGAUAGUUGCUGUUUAAAUAUAUCAUCUAAAUAAAACGUUUUGUACAAUGUAAAGGUAAGCUUUGAAUGCAUAAGAAAAGUUGGGUGACUCUAAAGUGAAAAUGUGGGACCUGAGCUAGCUAAUUUACUUUCUCUUCUCCUCUUUCUCUUUCCUCUCCCCUCUCCUCUUCUCUUUCUUGGUGCUGUUUUUGUUUGUUUGUUUGUUUUUGUUCUUUGUUUUUGUGACAAAGUCUUCCUAUAUAGCCUUGGCUGGCCUGGAAUUCACUAUGUAGACCAGGUUGGUCUAUGUAGAUCAGGUUGGCCUUGAACUCAUAGAGAUCUGCCUGUCUUCCUGUCUUUGCCUCCCAAAUCCUAGGAUUAAAGGUAUGCCCUUUCUAUUAACAGAGACCUCAUGUAGACCAAGCUGGUCUCAGCCCUGAUCCUCUCCCUUCUACUUCCAGAGUGGCAGGAUUACAAGUAUGCACUGCCACCCCUAGCUGAGCUUAUUUUUUCUUUGCCUUUUUUUUUUUUUUCUGGGGUGGGGUGUGUGUAGGGUCUGAUGCCCUUGGACAGAAGAGGGCAUAUGAUCCUCUGGAAAUGAAGUUAGAUAGCUGUAAGCCCCCACGUAAGUGCUGGGAAUCAAACCUGGAUCCUUUGGAAGCGCAGCCUGUGCUCUUAACUGGGCAUCCAUCUCUCCAGUUCCUUUUUUUUUUUUUUUUUUUUUGCAUUUAGUUCAAUAAUGGAAAGAACUGAAUAUUAGGCAGCAGUUAUUAUCUUCUUACAACUUCCUCCAACACUCCUUUAAGAAAUGUAUGUUUUUCUUCUCUAGAAAUAGACACAUAUAUUCUGUGAAUCUUUUGUUAUUUUGAGAUAAGAGUCUCUACUUAGCCUUGGGUAUCCUGGAACUCACUGUUUAGGCCAAGUUGGCCUGGAACCAACUUGCAGACCAGACUGGGCUUGAACUCACAGAGUUCUAUAAAUCUUUACAGGCAUUUUGGCUACUUGAAUUUUAUACAGUUUGAACAACUGAAUUCUAUAAAUAAAUAUAAUAUUUGAUUUAUAAAUAAAUAUAUUUAUAAAUAUAUAAAAUAUACCCAAUGACUUAUGUUUCUAUUAAAAGAGAGAGAAGCUGGGCAUGGUAACACAUGCCUAUAAUCCUAGCAUUUGGGAUGCAGAUGCAGGAUGAUUGUUGAAAGUUCAAUGUCAAUCAAGGCAACCUGUCUC